AAUAUCGCUAGUAACUACUAACAGAAGCGCAAUUAUGUAAUGUAAGCUAUUAUUUUAUCCCAAAUGUACUCGUAUGUUUACCUGCGUCGUCCUGUGUGUCAAAGAGAGGAACUUUAUUCGGAGGUAAAGUUUCCACGAGUUCAGUCAAGGACAUGAAGCAAGGGGAUCGCUUUUCGCUUUUGACGAAUAUGAAUAUGGAUUUCUUGCAAUUUAAUGUCUUAUCGCUGGUCGGUCGGCUUUAAUAAGUGAUAUAGCAUUACUUGAAACUGUUUCUGAAGACUGGAAGUGUUCUGGUUAAUUCGGCAUAUAGCUCAAUGACUACUCAAGGAGGACCUGUAUAAAAAAGUACAUUUGUACUAGUUAUUAUUAUUUCCACUUCCACUGUCUUCCUUCUACUCUCCAUUCUCUAUACUGUGCAUUUAAAUGAGGUAAUCUGGGUGCAAAUGACCAAACCAAAACCAUGACCAAGUCUUCUCCAUAGAUUCAUCAGUGCAUUAUGUUUGAUGAUAUGGCGAGGCCGUUAAUCCGAGGUGAAGGAGGAACCUCCAGACAUCUCGAGGCCUCCAUGUCUGAAGCGCCAGUUAUCGGCAUUCUGGGUACGGGCGACUUCUCCCGCUCACUGGCUCGGAGGCUGUUGGCCUCAGGCUACCAAGUGGUGGUGGGGAGUCGAAACCACAAGCGCUCUGAGGCUUUGUUCCCUGAAGAGGCCGAGGUGACUUCCCAGAUGAAUGCAGCCAGCAAGGCAGACAUGGUCUUUGUCGCUGUGUUCCCUGAGCACCACCCCACGCUGGUGGAGCUGAAGCCGAUACUAGCCGGAAAGAUACUAGUGGAUGUUAGCAAUGGUUUGAGAAUCAACCACGACCGGCCUUCGAAUGCCGAACAGCUGGCCGACUUGUUUCCAGAGAGUUCUGUUGUCAAAGGGUUUAACACCAUAUCAGCCUGGACGCUCCAGACGGGACCGCGGGAUGGAAGCAGGCAGAUUUUCCUGUGCGGUAACAGUAGCAAGGCCAAGAGCUCUGUGACGCAGCUCUGUCGUAGAAUGGGCUUCAUCCCCGUCGACAUGGGCCCCCUCUCCUCCUCACAGGAGAUCGAAAACCUCCCCCUCUAUCUGUUCCCCUCCUGGCGCAUCCCAGUCCUCUGCACCCUGUUCCUGUUCAUCUUCUUCUACGUGUACAACUUCCUCCGGGACGUCCUGCAGCCCUACAUCACAACGGGGAAGAGUGUUUUCUACAAAAUGCCCAUUGAGAUCGUUAAUGUCACUCUUCCCUCCGUUGCCUUGGUGAUGUUGGCGCUGGUCUACCUGCCUGGUUUAUGCGGCGCUUUCCUCCAGCUGUGGUGGGGAACCAAGUACAACCGCUUCCCUAGUUGGCUGGACCGGUGGCUGACCAGGAGGAAGCAGUUUGGACUGUGUAGCUUCCUGUGUGCAGCUCUGCACACCAUCUACAGCCUGUGUCUCCCCAUGAGGAAGUCUGCACGCUUCAAACAGCUCCUCGCUUUCAAACGGAUGGAGGCGGCGGCGGCGGAGGAGGACAUUUGGAUUGACGAGGCGGUGUGGAGGAUGGAGCUGUACCUGUCAGCGGGCAUCAUGGCCCUGGGACUGCUCUCUCUGCUGGCUGUCACCUCGCUGCCCUCAGUGGCCGCCAAUGUCAACUGGAGGGAGUUCAGCUUCAUACAGUCCACAGUAGGUUACUGUGCCUUGUCCAUGGCCACCAUCCACACACUCCUCUUCGGCUGGGACAACGCCUUCCAUCUGUCCCAGUACCGCUUCAACCUGCCGCCCACCUUCAUGCUGGUCCUGAUUCUUCCCAUCGUCGCUCUGCUGGGCCACCUGGCUCUCUGCGUGCCCUGCGUGGCCUGGCGGCUCGCACGGAUCCGCCGCGGCUGGGAGAAGAGCCGACACAUCCGCUUCUCCUCGCUGGACGACGACGACUGCCGCAACGGGCUGGAGGACGUCACUAAUGUAUCUGGACUACACUGACCUGCUGAUCAAUACGCUGUUACAGAAUGUUUGUACCGUUUUCAUUAUGAGCAUAAAGAACCGUUUUCUGUCUUUAUUUUAUUAGUUUUGUGUUUUGCCAAAGGUGAUUCUGUGUUAGAUAAAUAUGUAAAUUAAGAUAUCAAUAUAGUGUACUGAACUUUAAGUUUCUAACGACAAAGAUGUUGAUGUAGAGAAUACGAUAGGCAUUUCUAGAACAUAGAAUAAAUCAUUUUCUUUCUUGUUUACGUCGUAAAUAACGAGAUUUGUUUGUAGAUGCUUCAUGUAAGUUGAGUCUGAGGCUGAAAUAAAACACUUUUCUUUGUUAUUUAAAGAUUUUACUGAUGUCAACUCUUAUAAAAUCAAAUAAAAGGUCAAUCUGAUCUCAGGCUGACAAAUCAUUAAACAUGCUGAUGCUGCCACCUUGUGGCGGAGGAAUAAUGUCCCCCUGGUCACCCAAAUAAAAUAAAUAUUUGUAUAUAAUAUAUGUAAAA